GACUCGCACGCGCCAUGCGUCGUCCUCUACACACCGCGUUGACGGGACGGGGCAAGGCAAAGCAUCUUCUGUAUUAUGUCGUCACAGUGGUGACAGUGCUAGUGUUUGUGAUAGCAGAAUUCCCGUGCCAAGAUAACAUUCAUACAACCAAUAUCCAACAUCUGGACAAUCGCUUCAAACUAAAAAAUGAAAAAGAAUUCACGCCUCUGUGAACUGUUUCAAACCAUCAAUGGAAACGAGGCUCAGCUCUUGAGAUAAAAUUAUCAAACAAGUAAAGUGAAAGUAAAUCUGUUUCUUCAGAUUCCACAAUUUCUAAGGAUCCAUGAAUACCGAACGUCGUAAAUCAAUUUUCUUGAAAACCGAUUAAAAAGUGCUGCAGAGCCUAAAGUGUGAAACAAUCAUAAUAAAAGGGAUUUGUUAUGAUUUGAACUGUCAAUGUUUGUGGGCGCCGUGCAUUACUAAUUAGAUCGCCAAGCAGCCAAGCUGUCAGUUUUCUUUCACUUGACGAUAGUCCUGCUAACUGGGACUUGAUAAUUUUUCUAAUAAUUUACUCCAUUGAAACCUGUGAAAAAUUAAUCGUCGGGAUGAGUUUGCUAUCACCAACAAUAGACAGACUCCACUGUCUCGUGGAUGAGGACGCUGACCACAACAUGCUGCAGGAUCUCCAAUUAGCUGCAGAACUGGGAAAAACUCUACUUGAACGGAAUAAAGAAUUGGAGAAUACUAUAAGAUCGCAGCAAGACAAAAUUGAGGAGCAAGCACAUGAGAUAGAGUAUAUGAAGAAGCAAACCACUGCUCUCAGAGAAGUAAACGACUCUCGUUUAAAGAUUUAUGAACAAUUAGAAGUCAGCAUUCAAGAUUUGGAACGAGCAAAUCAUCUUCUCGUCGUUGACAAUGCAAAUGAUAAGAAGCUCCUAAAAACACAAUCUAUGACAAUUGAAAAUUUGGAGAUUAGAUGUGAAGAUAUUCAGAAAAAGUUUGAUGAUUUUAAAUGUAAAUAUCAGCUCCUUGUCAAACAACAAACGACAAACGAAGAAGUUCAGGAGAAAGUUUUGUGGAAAAGUACGACAGAUGGUAGCAUAAACCAGAAGGCUACUUCAAUUACCACAAAGUCCACUUCUAACGCAACUGGUAAUGCUCAGGAGCAUGUGAACAGUACAAAUAAUGACGAGGAGGUAACUAGUUUAUUAAAGCAAUUAAGUGAAGUUCGUAGUCAAAGGACGAGGGAACAAAAAAAGAUAUCUGAUCUUGAGAGUCAACUUUCGAGUCUUGUACGUGAAAAUAACAAUUUAGAGGAGCAGCUCAAUGUUUGGCAGAAUAAAGCACAAGACGUGAAGAAUCUUCAAGAUGAAUUGAGCACUCUGGAAGAAGUCAGACAAGGUCACCUGUGCGGUCGAUGCUUGCGGGGAAUCAACAUGAGGAGUCACGAAGAGUUGACUCUGAUGAUGGAUCGAAACGGAGACGACAUACCGGAAGACGACGACGACAUAAGUUUACCUGGAACCUUCAUGGACGGCGUCAACGGAUACUCUAAUUGUCUGGUGCAGGACAUAAACAAUAAAAUGGGAAUAAUGGAUCAAAUUCAGGACAGUUACAAGAUGAUCUUUACAGACGAUAAAGGUCACAAUUCUCAUUCCAAGACAACCGCUCAAAACACUUGCUUGUCCCUUCAAGAAGAACUCAGAAUGUCUGGAGAAUUCAAUAAUUUCCAAAAUGCAACAACAACAACAACAAUAAUCGAGUCAAAAGAAAAAUCAGCAAAAAUAAAAAAAUCGGGGAAAAAGUUUUCCAGCACCCCUACAGAUUUCUCUGAAGCCGAAACCCUGUCCUCUGGAUUUUCGGACGAGACAAUCAAUAAAUCAACUCAAACCGACGGCCGACCUGGUUCUCUCCUCUGUUCAAUUGCAGAUGGCGACAAUUGUAAAUUGAGUAUUUAUGAUGAUAACAGUACAUUUGAGAGUCGCUUCAACCACACGCCGGAGUAUCGGCAAAUUUUCAGUGAAAUCGUCAGCGCUUUGAAGCGAGCUGCCGAAGCCAAAGAGGAAAGCGAGAAAUCGCCGCAGAACAAUAUCUCGGAUAUUUCGAAUAUUUCGUCGAACUAUUCCUUCGGAACUGAUGGAGUUGGCAGCGAGGAGACUGACGAUACGCAAAGUGUUAUGUCCUCGACGAUAUGUUCGGUGGUGUCCGAGCCAAUCAUCAAACUGAUUCCGCCGCAUUUCAGCAAUAAAGAGAGACACCAUAAAGUGGAGGCGGAGAAAACUAGUGAAACUCCGAGCAGACCUCUUCACUACAAGCGACAGCCUCUGGACUACUUGUCGAUCCAGACGAGGAAGAAGUCUGCGAAGAAGAAUUCCCCCAAGAAAUCAUUCAAUGUCGAGCCACAUUCCACACCCGACGUUAUUCCAACAACCAAUCCCAAAUUCACCAACGCCAAGUCGAACAGUGGCAGCAAGAGGAGGUUCAGACCCCUGACGAACACGGACCUGGAGAGCGGAGUUUGGAACGGCCACACCACUCACUUCUACUCGAGCAAGAAGAAGGAUCGCAGACCCACAAAUUCCCAUCCGAGGACGAGUCAAAGCAACUCGAGCAAUCAGAGCAACUCGAGCUUCGAGUACAAAGAUUACAAACCAAGUGUGGCCUCCCAGGAAAUCGCCAAACUCAAAAAACUCGACAUGUCAUAUGCAGAAGUUCUCCGCAUGCCAAAUAAGCCCAAAGGAACCAAUAUGCGUAGAAGUAGUUAAUUUAUUUUUUAUACAUUUACAUUUUAAAGCUCACUGCAAUUUUUUUUAUUCGACAUUGUUUUGUUUUUAGUAAGCUGUGUUAAAUUAUUAUUUACAUUUCAGUAUUUGGUGAUGGCUUAGCCAUUGAAAUAUUUUUUAUGUACAUAGCUGAUUUUUAAUAUUUCUAGUGCAAUGAACGAAAAAUGACAAUUUAAUAUAUUUUGUAUUUUUACAAGUUGUAUUCAAAAAGCGAAUGAUGUGAAUGAGUAAAUCUCGUAGAGAUUAAUAUUGCUUAGAACAAAAAGAAACAAAAAAAAAAUGUACCGGAAUGAUAGGAAACAUUAAUUCUCAUGUGCCAUUAAAUCUUCUACAAAUUACAAUCAAAUUGUUAAUUCCCGAGCGUUCUCGCUAUUAAUGUAUGUAUAAUUUUUCGUUCAGGAAAUGAAAAUUCCCAAUAAAAAAAACAAGAAACUAUCAUUCCUUGAAAUUUAAUGAAAAAACAAUCACUCUAAUCGACUUUAUAUUAUAUAUAUAUAAGUAUACAUCUUAAUGACAGGUAUGGACUGCUAUGUUGUGAUUAUCUUGUAUUAAGAAAAUUAAAUCUUUAUCAAAAUACA